CUGAUAUUUUGCAUCAUCAUGUUAACCGUGUUCAGAGGACAGUCCAAGACAAAUGAAGAGGAAAGAAAUCCUAAGAAAAUAAAGUUGUCAACACCUAAUGAGAAAGCUGAGUUUGGAAUAGGCCUUUCUGUGUCUGAUAUCUCGGACAAGUAUAAGGAUGAUGCUCUCCAAGAAUCAGAGAAAUUGCUGCAUUUGAUUUUUUUUAUGGUUGUCUAGCUAAAACAUCUGAUAAAAGUUUCUACCAUUAACAGUUAAUCUUUACCAAUGAAUACAAUACGGAUGGCUAGAAGAAUAAGAGACAGAUAGCUGUGGACUCAAAAAUUGGACAUCUCAACAAUUUCAUCAAGUGAAGGUUGCAAUCCAGAUCCAUUAUGUUGGUGAUGCUGUGGGGAGACCAAAUGAUCAGUGAUGCCGAUAUAAAAUUUGCAGAGGUAGAGACCACCAUAAGAUACAUACAAGAUGAGGAACUACACCAAUACAGAGAUGAGCUCUCUUAUUGUAAUUUUAUGGCUUCUCUUCUGCGGUCUGAAUUUCAAAAUGCGGACAUAUAUAUAUAGACAAAAGGUCCAAUAAUUUACCCAAACCUUGAGAUACAAAACUAUGAAUCAGGUAUUUACAUAUAUAGGGAGGAUGGUCCAACACUUACCAGGAAACCUACUUUUCAUGUAGAAAUUGUGAGCUAAGUUUGGGAGUGCUUGUUUUCACUUUUUAGAAACAAUUGUUAAUUAUCAAUUUUAAUCAAAUGAAUUAGAAAAU